AGUGUCUCAUUAAAAUCGUUCCGCCAAGGCCACAAGUGGAAGUUCCGUUUUCUGGGUAUAGUAGCAACGGAAAGAAAAAGUUUGAUAUAAAACAAAUGGACUCGGGUGAUUUGAAAGAAUAUGGAUCGCAAUCUAGGAGGAAAAGUACCAGACAAUCAUCCAAGACAGUUUUAUUUAAUGCAGAUCUUAAACCCAGACCCCCCUUAAAAAGAACCCGAAAAGCGAGGGAAGGUGAUGCGGCAUCCAGAGCUGUCAAUGGAUCCAAGAGCCUCGCAAAGGGAGAUGUUGAUGAUGAUGAUGAUGAUGGUGAAUCCCCUGUUAAGAUCCAAAAGCUUCAAGAAGCAGAGAAAGCAGGGAGUGGAAAGGAGAGCAGUGAUGGAUUUAAUCACACAGACGAAGCAGAUGUGGAGAUGGAUGAAAAUGUAGACCAGGAUGAAGAUGUGAACUCUGAAGAGGAGGCUGAGCAGGACCAUGAACUCAGUGUGAAAUCUGGGUCUGCGAUAGAUGAAAAGCAUCCUACCAAUGUAUGGCAAGGAAACCUGGAAACCAAAGCGAUUUUGAGGAGCCGACGAUCCAUUCACCCAAAGACAGCUGACCCUGAGCUGCCCAGACCCAAAACACAAGCAAAUUACAGCUCCAAAACCACAUUUAAAGAGCCCUGUAGUUUGGGUAUUGUACCUGUUCAGCUCAAACCACUGGAAAACCAGCAAGAGGUCUUAAAAAAGAGGAGCAGCAUAAAAUAUCAGGAUCACAGAGAGGAAAAGGCCAGAGAUGCUCUCAGAGCUCCGCUUUUUGGGAAUUGGAACCGGUACCAACCAUCUGAACCCCAUAGAAUUCAUGGUUACCAAACAAAUAACCUUCCUAUCACAAAACAACCCCCAUAUCACAAAACCCCAGAAUUAAAGAAGCUAGUCAUCUCAAAAGCAAGUCCAGCCUCCACCUCUAGAGGGUGUGCAUGGUACAUCUGCAAGUCGUUUCAGUGGUCUCUGAUAGUAAUAGGAUUGCUGGCUUUGGGCUUGCUCUGCUAUCAGAAGUUUCAAGACUCACCUUUGCCUACAACUGAUGAGGUCCAAACUGGUAUAAUGGAGAAGUUUGAUGUGGAGCUAGCUGCUCUACAGCUCCUCUUUCCCAGUCAGCGCUCCGUGUUCUGGACAAGGAGUAGAAAACAUCUCAAGCGCCACCUGCACACAGUCAACCCCACUGAACCGGUCAGCUUAAUUCUGACCUCUGGCAUUAAGGCUGAAAGGACACUGGGCUGUCUUGCUCGAAGCUUAGCUGCAGUUUAUUCCGCUUCCCUUAAUUCCUCAAUCUUCGAAAUCAAUGGGACCACCAAAACAGCACAAGACAGUGACCAGGUCAAGUUGGACAUUGAUACCACUCUGAGGGAAGCAUUUGGAGGUAAUAAAUCUGCGGCUGUCAUCCACCGUUUUGAGGAGCUUCCUCCUGGAUCGACACUCAUAUUCUAUCGUUACUGUGACCACGAGAAUGCAGCCUACCAUAAUGUUUUCCUGGUCUUCACUGUGAUGCUUUCUGUGGAUACAAUAGAUCCAGGGGUCAGUCUGAGUGUAGUGGAAGACAUGGUAUAUGAGCAAAUUAAAAGCUUGUUUGUCCCCUCGGAAAUGUCAGCUAAGUUUAAUGAAAUGGACGUGGACAAACUGAGCGGACUCUGGAGCAGAAUUUCUCACCUCAUCCUGCCAGUGGCAGCAGAGGAGAAGUUUGAACAAGAGGGUUGUGAGGCUUAACCUGAUUGGCGUUUACAAAAAAAAUGAGAUUGCUUCAGUGUAUCGAGCUGGAUUUGUCAUUUUGUAUGGUUUUCAGUUAAACUCGUCUAGUUAUAAUGGCUAGAUUUGUGGGCCACAUAAGUGUACAAAGAGGAUCUUUAUUCCAAAGAAGUUUUUAAAAGACAAUUGUAUUAAGUAUUUGUUUAUAAAUGUUGUAUAUUAAAGAAAUGUUUUGUAUAUGUCUCAUUUUUUUUAAUUAAAUAUAUGGAAACCAAGGAACAACAUGUCCAAUUACAUGUUGUUUGUGAAAGGGAACAUUUGACAAUACAAUAGUAAUGCAGAAGCAUUUGGCAUGCAACAUAAAUCAGCUUACGAAUAGUUCUUUCCAUGUCCAGGUGCGAUAAUGACUGAUACAUUUUGCACUGAUUGUUUUUAAGUUCUCUACUUCAAAGCUAGGCUGUUUUACGAGUCUAAAUUAUGUUUUGGUUCAUUAUUGUUUUUGUGUGUGUGUUUGUGACUUAGAAUAUUAAGAUUAAAAUUGAGUUUAUAUUUGU